UCCCCGCAUGUUUCCGGUACUCGACGGACAUAUAGUCCAUUUAAGGAUAUGUUUAGUUCAGUUAACUGACUAAUAAUUUCUAGGAUUUCCCAUAGUGUAAGCAUAUAUUCUACAGAAGUUUUUGGAAUGAAAUGAAGAAACGGGGGUGUGUCUUUUCGAAGAAACUGUAAAGAAAUACGCCCCCGUGUAAUUUACUGCCAAAGAAACUGCGUCUUACGACACCGACGGACCGAUACUAUUCUGAUAACACAUUUUAGCUCUGUGGUUAUGUCUUAUAAUUUAGGUUAAAGGUAGAUUGCGUUUUUUUUUUAAAUUAAAUCUAAGAAUAAGUCUCAUUGUUAUUUCGGUUUCUUAAAUUUCGUGUAUUUGGAUUUGAAACGGCAUGAUGUUGGCUUUUUGUGGUUCAUUGAUAUUCCUAAUGGUUUUGGUCACGGCGGUUUCCACACUGGUUCCGCCUCCAGAAAAUGUGACAGUGAGCUGUAACAACUUACAGACAACUGUUGAUUGGAACCACAGUGAACUGCUUCGUCGACCUCUCUUCAAAUUGAACAUAACUGGUGAUCACAGUUCGUGGGAGAAUUCCACUAAACAGCAUCAUUAUGACCUCUCCCCCUUGAUGUGGAAUGCUAAAAAACUGGAUCGCUACUUUGUGACGAUAACGGCCAUUGAUGAAAUGGAGGAAUCAGCAUCUCAGAAGUCCUCGAUAUUCACAUUUAAUAGAUACCUUACAGCUGACAUCCACUGCAAGUUGGAUUUCCCUGCUGUAAAAGUGUCAAUGAAGGAUAUGGAGGUCACAGUGAGCUUCGACAACCCUUACCACCUGUACACAGAACUGAAAGAGUCUCGCAUGGGAGAAGAUGACAAACGCUUCCUAUCCCAAGUAACCUAUGAAAAUACUAAUCACACGUUUGAGUGCCAGAUAGAAGACAAAGUCUGCCGUCAUCACUUCACAGUCCUGGAGAACAAGGAGAAGUACUGUGUUAGUCUGGAGGGGAAUUCAAUGGGCCACCGAGUUAUGUUCAACAGAAAAGGGCCCAUCUGUGAAACAAUUCCACUGGAAUCAUCUUUGCUCAUGCUUUUGCCAUUGAUCAUCAUUGGCAUUGUGGCCUUUGUAGUCUUUGUGACAAUAAGGCUCUGCAAGAGAAGCAUACGGAAAAGAAACUUGUCCAAUUUUCCAAAAACUUUGGCUUCAAUCUUAUCAAACCCACACGACAAGAAUAUACUGGACCUGCAAUUUGAGAUCAUCAGUAGCAUAGAACCAGUUACCACCACAUCCCAGAGCCUGUUGGAAACUUCAGAAGAGGAGGAGGAACCGGUUGAGAGUACGACCACUAGCGUUGGAUUUUCGGCUAACCCCUUUAGUUCUGGGCAGGUGGGAGAGGGCUUAUCGGACAGCAGGAGCCAAUUACGGACUGAGCUUCAGGUGACACAGCCACGCUCUGUGCUGCUGUGUGGAAAUGACUCCGAGGAAUCAGAGGACAUGGAUUCCACAGCUUCUGGCUAUGACAGACAACACAUUCCUCUACAAGAGUUGGAGGUGGAGAUGAGUGCAGGAGAUGUAGUGGUGGGCUAUGGCCCCACCUGAGCACCUCUGAACUCAGACUUCUGUAAAAAAAAACAUCUUUCACUGGAUGGAUUAAGAACAAUGACAUUUGACUUCACAGAACUGGUUUACCUAGGUACACUGAUACACUGUCAUGCCUAACUGAUGUUCAAUCGUGUCCUCUUUGGUGCAGCUCUUCAUUCAGACUCAAUCAUGGACACACUUACUGAGGUGUGGCUGCUUCGCGUGAUGUAUUGUCUCUACCUUCUUGCCCUUUGUGCUAUUGUCUGUGUAAUAAUGUUUUGCUGCUGCCAUGUUGUGUUGCUACCAUGUUGUGUUGCUGCCAUGCUAUGUUGUCGUCUUAGGUCUCUCUUUAUGUAGUGUUGCGGUGUCUCUCUUGUCAUGAGCUCUGUCCUAUAUUUUUAUUUUAUUUUGUAUUUUUAAUCCCAGCCCCCUUCCCUGCAGGAGGCCUUUUGCCUUUUGAUAGGUCGUCAAUAUAAAUAAAAAUUUGUUCUUAA